AUGUUCACAAGGAGCCUUGGGCGAGAAAUGCUUAAGCGGGUAGCGGGACACCCGUCUAUGAUCCCCCAAAUGGGCCAUGUCAGAAAUGAAGUGAAGUACGCCAACAUGUUCACAAAGCGAAGCGUAUCUUUUUCGAGAAUACAUUUAACGCACUACCUGGAGGAUUACUACACGUCGGCGGAAAUUGCAACGAACAUGGUGUCGCCCAUGUCUGAGUAUGUUUGGUGGAGCUGGCUCUUCCUGCAGGCCAGCAUAGUCUUUGGCACCCUGUUCCAUUCCAACUAUUACUUCACGGGGAAGGCUCUGCCCAAAGUUCAAGGGAACUCCCAGCUGUGUGAAGAUUCAUGGUGA